AUGCUCUCUGCCCUUCGCACCUCCCCCUCGGUCCUCCUCCGCUCGGCCGCCACCCGCCCUCUCGCCUCCCCAUCGGCCCUCCGCCUCAUCGCUCAGCGCCGCAACCUCUCCGACGACGCUCGCCGCAAGAUCGACAAUGUCGUGUCGUCCAACCCGCUCGUCCUCUUCAUGAAGGGCACCCCGCAGAUGCCUCAGUGCGGCUUCUCGCGCGCCGUGUGCCAGAUCCUCGAGGUCAACGGCGUCCCAGAGUCCAAGAUCGUCGCCUUCAACUGCCUCGAGGACCAGGAGCUGCGCGAGGGCAUCAAGGAGUACAGCUCGUGGCCGACCAUCCCGCAGCUUUACCUCGGCGGCGAGUUCGUCGGCGGGUGCGACAUCGCCCUCCAGCUGCACCAGUCGGGCGAGCUCGAAAAGCUCCUCGUCGAGCAGGGCGUCAUCGACGCCGACCCGAGCGACAAGGUCCAGGCGGGCGAUGCCGCGGCCAACAAGUGA